UGUCAAUGGUAUCAAAUAAAAAAAAACCUAAAAAAAUUGCAAUUUCGUGGAUGGCCACUCCAAGAGGCGAGACAGUCACCAAGACUGGGUAUCCGUGUCAAAUCGAAACUCCCUAGAAAGUAACCAAAAAUUUUCGCAUUUUCGUGGAAAUGGCCGCUCCAAGAGGUGAGACAGUCCCCAAACCCAUUCAACAAGAUUGGGUAAAUCGCGAAUACAUCGAAGUAAUAACAGUUAGUAUAAAAAAGAUCACCGAUUUUCUCAAUUCUUUCGACUUAUCUUGUCGAUCAAAACUCGCAGUUUUAAACGAAAAGUUGACAACUCUCGAGCGAAAAAUCGAUUAUUUGGAAGCUUGUGUCACUAAAGGGGAAACCUUGACAUAAAAAUGCUCCUAACUCGUCUCCUCCCGCCUUUCAUCCCCCAAACUCGCCCCUUCUUCCAUUGGCUCGACAUUGUCUUCAAUCGCGUCGACGAAGAACGAAGAAAAAUCGUGGGGCCCGAUAGGUCAUGUGCCGAGUGGUUGUUACGAAAUGGGGCUCAUGUCAAAUGGGAGCAUUGUAACGAAUUUC